AUGGGUAACAAUCCCAGUAGACCACUUUACCGCGAAAAUGCAGACCCUAAUGUCCCGCCCUCAUUGAGGUUUUCGAGACAUCGCCAAAUGGUGAUCGUCACCAUGUUUGGCAAACGCAGGAAGUAUCUAUGUUUCUCAACACCACAUUCCUACGACCGAUUCAAAGCUGCGGGCAAAAAGUUUGGCACGCCUCAGAAUAUACUUGACGGAGGCCUGGGCGUGCCGCUGUUCGAGUUCGAGGAUCCUUAUUCGUUGGUGCGACUAGUAAAUGGAGACAACGUACGCUUUCGCGUAAGUAAGUUCGUGCUACAGGAUGCAGCAGCGACGCUGCCGCAUUCAAACUGUUCGGUGGUGUGCCAAGACGGUAAGAAAGCUAUCUAUAAGAUGCCGUUUUGCGAGGUGACGCGUAGUUUUGGCGAAGGCGGCCGGUCUGCGUUCGAGUACGUUUUUUACACGCCAGAUGGAACCACGAGUGUGAGUACACGCAAACAUCGGAUGUGCUUGGACUCUGACGCCCGGCUAGGUGAGUGGAACGUUGGGUGGCGCCGGACCUCGUCGGAGAACUACGAUCUGGUGGUUCUACCGCCCCAGGCGCGGUCGCUGCUGGACUCACGUGAAGUGAGAGCAUCCAAACCCAGCAACACCAAAGCGCUCGAGCGUAACGCGAUCGUGUGGGCCAAGUUUGAAGACGUGGGAGAACCAUUCCUGCCUAAAUUGACCAAGAAAUUGGCAGUUGUGACGGUGGGUGAGGUUGACUUUGAGACAGACGCCACGGCGUACGGAUUAUUGGGUGUGCCAUGGUUCUCGCAGGUGAUUGCAUGUAUGGCACUGGUACAGUGCCAGUGGAUCCAGCAAGAGGGACGCAAUAACCGAAAGAAUAGGACUUUAAGUAAUAGGAUGUCAAGGCAAUUUAACUAA